UAGAAAAGUCUCUUCAGGCUCUACAACUUGGGGACGGUUUUGUGUUCAUAUAUGAUUUUUGAAGACACUUGUUGAUGCAGAUGAUGUAUUUCUCUCGCGGUUUGUUCAUUUUUAAUCUACUGCAUCUGCAAGGUUAUAUCUUCUUGUCCCUGGAGGAAUCGCAACAAGCAUGUCCGAGAAAUACUAAGAGAAUUUCAGUGAUGGAGGGAGAUUCUGUGACCUUUAACCCUGAUUCUAAUAAACUACAGCCAAAUGAUGUGAUACAGUGGAGGUUUGAGAAUAAACAUCUAUGCAGUGCUACAUUCAGAGAUGAGAAAACGAAUGCAUGUGAUAAUGAGAGAGUCGGAGAGAGGUUUAAGCUUGAUUGCCAGACUGGAUCGCUCAUCAUCAGGAAUAGCAGCAAAAAUGACACUGGACAUUACGAAUUUACAAGCUACAGAAGCGGAAACUUUGAAACAAUCAAAUGUUUUGGCGCUAUUGUCUACAGUUCUUUACCUGUUCCUGUCAUCAGCAGUACCUCUUCACAAUGUUCUUCAUCAUCAUUAUCAUCAUCAUCCUCAGAGCAGAAUUGUUCAUUGGUGUGUUCAGUGGUGAAUGUGGGUCAUGUGACUCUCUCCUGGUACAAAGGAAACAGUUUAUUGUCCAGCAUCAGUGUGUCUGAUCUCAGCAUCAGUCUCUCUCUACCUCUGGAGGUGGAAUAUCAGGAUAAAAACAGCUACAGCUGUGUGCUC